GGAUAAAUACCGGCUUCUGCAAACAAUUUUGAAAUCAGUGUUGACUUUUCAAAAGUUUCAACAAGUACAAUGUAGAACAUUGGUCAUUAGUGCACAGCAAGUUUUUGCGGACCCAAUCUAAAUUUAACGUUCUUCCAUGGAUUAUGAUCGCCACGGUUUAGUUCGACUAUUUUAAUGUUCUAGGACUUUUUGUGUUAUUUUAACAAUCUUGUGAUAAUUAUUUUAAUGCAAUUUCUUAAUUUCAUUUAUUUAUUUAUUGAUCAUUUUAUUUAUUGAAGUUUGACGAUGGCAAACUCAGAAGUGGACUCGUCCUAUCCGGACUUUAGUAAUCUCCCGGAUGUAGUUUGGGUCCGCAUAAUGCAAUCGCUGUCGCUUAGCGAACGGGCAAAAGUAGCAAGAACAUGUCGUCUGCUGAAUGAAUUAUUCAAUCACCCCUCGUUAUGGUACUCACAGAAACUUUAUUUCAUGGGCGACUUUCAUAAAUCGUCCCGGGAGAAAAAAAUCAUAUUUUGUACGCCAUUUUAUGCGGAGUUAAUGAAAAGAUUUGGGAAAUAUUUUCAAAAUCUCACAAUCAAAAUUGAUGGUGAUUUCCGGAGCAUUCCUGCUGAUGUCCAGGACAUUUUAGAAGAGGUCGCCAACCGCUGCCGACUAGAAACCCUCACAUUAGAAGCCGGACCUAUCACGUCCUCGUUUCAUGCAACAUACUGUUCCCCGCCAAAUUACUCCGCUGUCAAAGUUCUUGCUUAUUUUGUUCAAAAGGCUUUUAGAAUGAAAUACUUACACAUAAAGUCCUGGCCAAUGUACAACCAAAUUGACACUGAUGGGGUUUUAAAAAUUUUCAAAGUUCCUUUGUUCUCAAAAAGAGAAAUUUGCCCAAAAACUCUCCCCGGGCUUUUUAUGGGUGUUCUGGGUCGAAAAGGUUUAGGAGUGGCCCCUUUUUGCCAAACCCCAAAUAUUCAACCCAGCACAUGGCAGGCACUUAGUAGAAUAAAUCCAGAUUUUAGGGUUGAGUGUACCAUAUUUCUUGACACUCCAAAUAUGGAACUGUCAAACUUGCUAACACCUAAUAUUCCGUUAUCCGCUAUUGUGUAUACAAAAUACUCCAAGAUUGACCCGUUAACGUUAACCAAGGUGUACACUCAGUAUAAAGAAACUAUGACAAAGUUCCAAAGUUACUGCGACUCGUGCUUCAUUGAUAAAGGAUUACUGAUAAUGGCUCAGACGUGUAUUAAUCUCAGUGAGAUCAUUUACCAUGGAGAAAUCAAUAGCCUCUUCGUUGUUGCUAUCGCAAAGGCUAGAGGAAACUGUCUAAAACGGUUCGAAGUGAGAGAAUGGAAGAUAAAAGUAACCAAGGAAUUCGAUGACGUUGAUGAAGAUGAUGUUAUAGCGAGAUGGCGUGAUGGUCCACUUGUUCUUAGAAAUCCUACAAAAUUUCAAAUGUCAGAGAAGCAGAAACAGGAAGUGUUGCAGACGAUGAUUGCGAAAGUAAGCGAAGCACUGGGAACGCCGUGGAAACCACUCAAAUGGAUGAAAGCACUGUGAUUUAUCAGCUUUAAAUUCGUAGAAUUCUUAAUACAUCUUAAUUUUUCUGUAAUAAUAUAUCCAAACAAACGCAAAAUUUGCUCUUUUGAAACCUUGUAAUUUUGUAAAAUAUUAGGCUUAUUUCUGACGCCAAGUUUCUAUUGCGAUACUUUUUGCACUUAAAGUAGUGCAUUUUAAUCAAAAGAUAUUACAAAAAUCAAAAUUAGUCUGUGUGUUUUAAACAAAGUUUGCGCAAUGUUCAAAUCAACAGUUUGAAUAGUACAUGUAGUAUGCUAAAAGUUUUUCAUGUUCGGAGCCUUCGUGGUCGCUGACAAUUCCUUUCAUCGUUGCAUAUGUGUUUGAAUUUCUCUAGGAAAUUUGGAAACUUUGAAACAACUAUCCGUUUAGCGUAAGGAAUAUCAGGACCCGUGUACAUGUCUUAACAGAUGCAGCUAAUGUACUUCCUACGCCAUUAAAUGUUGAAAGUUGUCAGGUAGCAUUAACACAUGUGAAAUGGCCGAUGUUUUCUUUGUACUGAGUCACCUUAUUUUAUUUCAUGUAAAAUUGUAUGUUUUGUAGGCACAUAUAUGUGUUUAUUAAUUUGCCUUUAAAAUUUGCUUUUAUAUUAAUAUUAACUUUAUUUAUGAAUAUGUGGCAACAAUAUAUUAUAUCUCUGUAGCAUAUGUGCAUCUAUGAUAGAAACAUUUUAGCCAUCUUUUAUAUGAAUACAUAUCAUUAUUUAAAUUUUUAAUCUCUUUAUAUUAAUAUUUUUUACAUUUUACAAAGUUUUGUAUAAAAAGAUAUUUUAAAUUGUUUCCAGCAAUCUCAUAUUAAACUCUAGUAGACUUUUAAAAUCCUGUUAUUUUUUGUCCAAAUCCCCUGCUUUUUAAAGACAAAUCCCCCUACCUCGGUGGCUGUAAAUAUGGCAUAUGGAUCUAUACUGUUGGCUGACUUAAAGUUCAUUUUUAAUAUUCGUUUUGUAAGUAAUACCCCUAAAAUAUUGAUAAUUGACGGGUCCAUAAAAAGACGCUGGAUUAGUCCGUUCAAUCAAUUGUUAAAAAUGCAUUCAAAGACGAAAACAGUUAUUUUAUUUUAUUCGGUUUUACGUGCCCUAUAUGGUAAUGUCAGUAAAAAUAUGAAAAGUUGUUUUAUUUUCUUAUGCUGUAUAAUGAUCAUUUUGAAAAAAUGAAAUGCAUGACAACAUAUAUUUAAUAUUGAUUUCUUCAUGCGAUAAAAUUAUGACGAGAAAAUACAGUGAUUUUAUUGUGUCGCCUCUACGGAGUAGUGGCGACAUAUAGGGAUCACUUCUCCGUCGUCUGUCUGUCUGUCUGUCCGUCUGUCCGUCACAAAACAUGUCCGGACUACUCCUCAUAAACUACUGGUGCAAUUUCAUCCAAACUUUACAGGAAUGAUCAGUACCAAGUCUAGUUGUGCAUAUUGUCAGCAUUUUUCGGUUCAAUGAUUUUUGGCAGAGUUAAGGCCCUUUAAUAUUUUUUAAUUUUAAAGUUUGUCCGGACUACUUCUCUUAUACCACUAAAGCAAUUUCAAUGAAACUUUACAGGAUUGAUCUGUAGCUCAAGUCCUUGCGCAUAUUGCAAGGGUUUUCCGGUUGAAUGAUUUUUGGCCGAGUUAUGGCCCUUUGAUAAAAAAGGUGUUUUUUCUGUGUGUUGCCAGAUACACAAAAUCUUGUCCGGACUACUCCUCAUAAACUACUGGUGCAAUUUCAUGUAAACUUUACAGGAAUGAUCAGUAUCAAGGGUAGUUGUGCAUAUUAUAAGCAAUUUUCGGUUCAAUGAUUUCUGUCAGAGUUAAGGCCCUUUAAUAAUUUUUAUUUUUAAAGUUUGUCCGGACUACUUCUCUUAUACCACUUAAGCAAUUUCAAUGAAACUUUACAGGAUUGAUCUGUAGCUCAAGUCCUUGAGCAUAUUGCACGGGUUUUCCGGUUGAAUGAUUUUUGGCCGAGAUAUGCCCCUUUGAUAAAAAGGUGUUUUUUCUGUGUGUUGCCAGAUAGGCAAAAGCUUGUCCGGACUACUCCUCAUAAACUACUGGUGCAAUUUUAUCCAAACUUUACAGGAAUGAUCAGUACCAAGUCUAGUUCUGCACUGUCCGUCUGUCUGUCCGUCUGUCACAAACUUUGUCCCAACAUGAAAUUGGCCAUCAUGAGGCGACACAUGUGAUUACUGAUCGCUCUUGUUAUUUUGAUUGGUCUGUUCUUCAAUAUGUGUUAUUUUCUUAUUAUAUACAUGUAUAAUGUGGUAUUUUGUUGAUAAAAUUCAUUGUUUAAAAUUUUAUACUCAAUAGUUUGCCGAGACUUUUUUGUUUUACGUUUUUCAAUUAUGUAAGAUGCAAAUGUAGAGUCAAAAACCAUGGGAGAAGUUUAUUUAUUUUUUUUAUUUUUUUGGUCGUUCAAUUUAUUUGCUGUGUUCAUUUUAAUUUUAAAACUAUAUUGUUUACUCAGGGAUAUUAUUUUUUUUUCAAAUAUAAUAAAUGAAAUUAAAAUGGUCAGCAAAUGAUAAAAACAUGUGCCAAUAUAUUUAAUGUCUGUAAUGAUACAGCUGGAAACAACCAUAUAACCUUCAAAGCUGCAUGCCUCUAGAUGAGCUAGAACAUUUCAAGAAAAAUCAAACAUUAGAAAAAUUUACUAAGAUUUUAAGAAAAUGUAAUUUACAUGUUAUGUGUGAUUAAAAACUGAUUCCAAAGUUUUUAUCACCAUAUUUCCAAUGCCAGACUAAUGCAGUAAAGACUCCUUUUUGCAUAAUUUAACCUCUUCUUGGUGAUUUGCAUGGAUUUAAGUGCCAAUUUCAGUGUGGAAAUUACUUUCUUUGUCUAUUUUACAAUAUUUUAGUUUUAAGCACAUUUUCAUGAAAAUUAAGGAAUCUGUUUAAAGUGUUGGUGCAACUUAAAAUCAAACAAACAAACAUUUUAAACGAGUCGAUAUUGAAUUUACUAAUCAUAUUUUGUAAGCUUAUAGUAGAUUUAAAAAAAAAAAACACGCACUAUUAUAUUUGUUGAACAUUCUAAUUUAAUAAGUAAACUGUGUCAUGUUAAAGGUUAACGCUAAAAUGUUGUAGAUGAUGUUGUGUAUUAAAACAUUCAUGUAUGUUAUGAAUCAAAACUUUCCGUCCUUUAACUUUGAUAUCAUGUAGAAAUUGUAUAUACAAAUGUAUGUUAUGUGUAAAUUUUGUGUACAUAUAAUAUUUAUACCAUAUUUUACCCCCGCACAUCGAAGUUGUAAGGGGGUAUACUGGAAUCAGCUUGUCCGUCCGGACGUCUCCUCGUCCGGCCGUCCGUCGGUUUUUUCUUGUCAGCCCAAUAACUUAAGAUUUCUUUGACCCAAAGUCUUCAUAUUUGACAUGGAGGUUAGUCAUGCCAAGAACAUGACCCCUAUUGAUUUUGAAAUCAGUGGGUCAAAUGUUAAGGUCACAUGGGCCUUGAAAAAAGAGCUUGUCCACCCAAUUAACUUAAGAUUCCUUCGACUCAUAGUCUAAAAAUUUGGCAUGCAGGUUAUUCAUGACAAGUAGAUGACCCCUAUUGAUUUUGGGUUUCUUGGUCAAAUUUCAAGGUCACCGGGGCCUUGACUUAAAAAAGCUUGUCCGCCCAAUAACUUAAGAAUCUUUUGACUCACAGUCUUGAUAUUUGGCAUGGAGUUUAGUUAUGAAUAGAAGAUGACACAUGUGGAUUUUGAGGUCAUUGGGUCAAAGGUCAAGGUCACAGGGGCCUUGGCUUAAAAAAGCUUUUCCGCCCAAUAACUUAUGAUUCCUUUGACCCAAAGUCUUCAUAUUUGGCAUGGAGGUUAGUCAUGAUUAGUAGAUGACCCCUAUUGAUUUUGAGGUUUCUGGAUCAAAGGUCAAGGUCACAGGAGCCUUGACUUAAAAAGCUUGUCCACCUAAUAAAUUAUGAUUCCUUUGACCCACAGUCUUCAUAUUUGGCAUAGAGGUUAGUCAUGAUUAGUAGAUGACCCCUUUUGAUUUUGAGGUCAACUGGGUCAAAGGUCAAGGUUACAGGGACUUUGAUUUCAAAAGUUUGUCCGACCAUUCACUUAAGAAAUCUUUGACCCACAGUCUUCAUAUUUGGUAUUGAGGUUGUUUAUAGUUGUAAAGGGUGUAUACUGGAAUCAGCUUUUCCGUCCGGCCGUCCGUCGGUUUUUCCUUGUCCGCCCAAUAACUUAAGAUUCCUCUGACCCACCGUCUUCAUAUUUCGGUUUUAGAUUGGUCAUGAUUCGAAGAUGAUCCCUAUUGAAUUUGAGGUCACAGAGUCAAAAGUCAAAGUCACAGGGGUGUUGACUUAGAAAAGUUUGUCCGCCCAAUAACUUAAGAUUCCUUUGACACAUAGUCUUCAUAUUUGAUAUUUAGAUUGGUCAUGAUUAGUAGAUGAUCCCUAUUGAUUUUGAGGACACAGGGUCAAAGGUCAAGGUCACAGGGGUCUUGACUUAAGAAAGUUUGUCUGCCCAAUAACUUAAGAUUCCUUUGACAUGGAUAUUUGGCAUGGAGGUUAGUAAUGAUAAUUAGAUGAUCCCUUUUGAUUUUGGUUGUUUAUGACUAGUAGAUGACCUUUAUUGAUUUUUUAGGUUACUGUGUCAAAGGUCAAUGUCACAGGGAUAAUUCUUUAAUAUGCUUGUCUGCUAAGAUGCUUAAGAAUGUCUAUCCACAGUGUAUUGAUUUUGACAUUUUAACAUUUGAAGCAUGCAGAAUACUAAACUUAGAAAUUAGAAUAACGUAGCAAUGCACUGGCUUAGUAACCUCAGAUUUGGCAGGGAGGUUGUCCUUGAGCUCUAAAUGGCCACUAUUGAUUCUGACAAAGUGGUAUGUAUUGUGAUGUCAUGUUAAAAUCAUACUACAGUUUUGAUUUUGUAAAAAGAAAGCUUAGAAAAGAAGAUUAAUUAUGUAAUAGGUGAUUAGAAAAUGUAUAAGAAAAAACUGAUUUGAUGAAAUUCUUGGCUGAAAGGGGAGAUAAUUCUUUUCAAAUAGAUGCCAGAGUUAUAAACCUUGCCAUAUGUGAAAUUUUUCUUUCAUGUAAAGAAAUCCCAGCAUGUUUCCAUAAUUUUACUUAUUUUAAUAUUUGUUUUUACAAAUGUUUGCACUUUCAUACUUUUAAUAUGCCUAG